AACACCGCCGCUGCUAACUUGUUUCCAUCGCGGCUGCUAUGUUUUAGGGUUAUGUAUGAAAAUAGAAAGACACACAUUUGCUCGGCGCUGGCUGCUGCAGCGGACGAUCACGACUUCUGUUUGUACAAGAGAUUUGCCUUUCCAAACACUACUCAACAUCAUCGCUAGAGAUGCGGCAAUGCUGUAAUAGGUUCCGUGCAACUUGUCUUGCACUGGGACUCAUCACAUUUUGCAACAUUAUUGGGGUUAUGUUUGUCGGAUUGGCCGCCUAACCUAACGCGUAAUAAUUCAUACUUGGAAUAUCAUUAUGCAAGGAGCAAUGGAUGCCAGUUCCGUGCGCUGCGCUGGCGAUUAAAUGAUUUAAAUCUAAGAUCAAUCAGUCAGCUUGGAAUUCUGCUGAUACCAGCUUACAAAGUGCUAACUGAAAACUGCAGUAGAUUCUGCUUUUGUUUUGUUUAUGUUUUGCCAAUCGGCCGACAUGGAACCGUGUGUAACUAUGCAGGCGAAAACCUGUGUCAACAAUGGAAAUCGUACAAUUUGCGAGGAUAAUAUUGAUGACGCUUCCGAUUUGGAUAUGGUGAACUGGGAACAGUUGGAGCAGGAGCUGAUUCUAUCGAAAAAGAAGAAAAGCGACGGUUCGCGAUUGCUGAAUUGUCUGAAUUUGCGUGAGGAAAUAAGACGACAGUUGGCCGAAGAUGACGCGAAAAAGACUCCCAACGGCAAUAUGCGGAAAAGCAAGAGCGGUUUUUUGGACGAAACUUCGUCUUCCGAAUCGGACAACGAGGAAUUAGUGGAAGUCCCCUUGACCGAUGGCUCAUCGUCGACAUCGGUGGACGACGGGGAUGACGAUAAAGAAUUCUACCUCAAUCAUGAAUUCUCCACAAAAAUAACCAUACAGAAACUCAGCAGCAAUACCGGCACCGCCCCGCGCGACGCUGACCUUGAUGGUGCGGCCAGCACGGCUGACAACGGCCACGCGGCGCACCAUGCACGGCACACGCCCCCGCAGCUGGUGGUGCGCCCCUUACAGAGCCGACCAAAUCUCAAGACCAGAAUCCAGAACCAAAAGGAUCUACAGAUAUGCUUCCUCAACGAGCUUCCCGGGUCUGUACAGCGCAUCAAUUCAUCGUCUUCGGGCCGGUCGUCUUCCGAAUCGGGAAAUCCGGUGGUGAUGCCGAAUAAUGCCAAUCAUAGUAAUAUGUCAGAGGGGCCAACAAUGUUUAGGCAGGAUUUCUGGUCGCCACCCGCUGAGCCGUCCGGCCGACCGGUGGCGACGACGUCUGUGAUGCCCAAAUCGCAGUCCAUGUUCGAAAUGGACACAGAAAAACAGAAACUGGAUAAAUUACUGUCAAUGCGGUUUGAGGACCUGGAAUUUCAGUGGAAGCAGCAGAUGCGCAAUAAAAUCCAGCAUAUGCAUCAAAAUAUCCGGCUGCAAAUGCAGCGCCAACGGAAGCGGCGCAAAAGAUUUCCCAUAACGACAAAGGUGCAGUUUCCUCAUGGAAAGACUAGACUGGACCGGCAAUUCCUUAGCGAUUUGAAUAUUGCCUACCUGCAAGUGAUCCUUAACGAUCUCCACUGUCAAAUCGAAACCUUGAACGAGGAACUUGUACGGUAUCUGGAAGAGCGCGAUGAAUUGCACAUGGAGCAAGAUUCCAAGUUGGUCGAUAUCGACGAUUUGUCAAGGAGAUUACAGGAACUAUGGAUGGUGUCGUCCCGCUGUAAGGACUCCGCACAAGGCGAUUGCCGGCAGUCCUCCCCAAAUCCGUCGUCGGCGUUUUUUUCCCGCCUCAAGGCACAAUCCGCAUCACACAAUGAUAAUACCGAUGAGAUUAAUCAACACCACUCACCAGAACCAGCUGUGACCACUCCAACCUCGCUUAACGGGAGUUUACAAAAUUUCCGCCAACGGAUUAGAAGUCUUUUACAGUAAUCAACCGCGGAUUGUUUGUGUCAUUACUAGAAACCGUUUUGAAAAAUCAGCUUUCACUAAUAGUAAUGAUAAUUAUUGCGAAGCCUCUGCUGCACCGGCCGGGCAUUCACCGGAAUUGUUGGAUCUGGGGAGCAGAUAUUGUUGGUUUCUAUGCUUAUAUGGAAAUGAAUACGUAUUGAACGCUUUAAUGAUGUGAUGUUCCGAUUCAAAUCGGUUUCGCUAACGAAGUCAAACCAUUGCGAGCGUGCAAUUGAA